AUGUCUGCUUUUGCCACCAAAGGAUUCAACGCCAACCGCUACCUGAGCCUUCGCCCGACGCCAGGGCGGCCGAAUUGCCUGCGGCCAGGAAUCUUCACCACCGAUCUGGCGCGCGAAUUCGACAGCGUCAUUGGCGUCGAUCUGUCCCCGAGCAUGAUUGCGUCGGCCCAGGAGAGCGCUCACGCGCGCGACAUCACCAAUGUCGAGUACAAGGUCGGCACCGGUGAAUCGCUCCCGAUCGAGAGCAACUCAGGCGUGCACUGGUUCAAAUUCGACACAUUCCUGGACGAGGCUCUGCGUGUGCUGAAGCCCGGCGGCACCAUGGCCCUGGUCGGGUACAAAUACCCAGAGGUGGUUGGCGACACGACGCGCAGUUUCGUCAACAGGCUGGCGUUCGACGAGCAGUAUCUGCUAAAGUACUGGGACGAUGGAUAUAAGCUUGUCGAGGGCGGGUACCAGCCUCUGGUUGCGCCUGUCAUGGCCUCUGCAUUUGAAAAUGUCCGGUAUGUUGGAUACCCAGAGGUCUGGAAGCAGCGCAUCCCGGAGAUCGAGGUACUGCCAGAAGCGUGGAUUGACCAGCGCCAGUCCACAUUGGAGGAGCUCGCCGGCUACUUCAAAACAUGGUCGACCCUGACCGACACCGUCGCCAUCGACUACCCGCAGUUUGCGAUCGUUGCACGCAAACCGCUUUAG